CCAACAAGGUGUAUAAAGGACUUUCAAGUUUUGGAAGCGGCUCACAAAAAAUGCUGUCUAAAGGUAUGUCCAAAGGUGCUAGCCGAAUCGGUUCCUUCAGAGGCAGUUUUAGGGGCACAUUAGAAGAUGGCUACAUGUCCGGGGAUUCACUUCAGUCGAACGAUACGAACCGGUCAAACCAAACAGACAGAUCGAGCAAAUCCAAAAAAUCCAGUAAAUCCAGAAAAUCCAAAAAACCUUCGCGCCAAAACUCCAGCGCCCCUUCUGUUCCUCGCGCGCCUGAUUGCCUCGGCCUGGAUGUCAGCGGCUAUCUCACCGAGGGCCCCCCCGCUCCACGGCCCCUCGUCCAACCCCAACUUCCGGAUAUUAUGCGUACCUGCUCUCUGCCACCCGCGACUGGAUAUUCAUCCCCUAUUUACAGCCCUACUCGUCCUCCUCCAUCCCCUAUUAACAGCCCCAUUCGCCCUCCUCCAUCCCCCAUCAACAGCCCCACUCGCCCACCUCCACCACCUUAUGUACCACCUCCACCUCUACAAACUUGGGCCGCUCCUACUCGAGUUCAGCCGAGGGUAGAAACUCCCCUAUCUCCACCGCAAUCUCCACCGAGGCAGCCUCCGCAAAAUACUUCUCCAAGACCGGGAUCUCCAAAAAAGAAAUCCCCGCCAAGACUGUCCCCGCAGAGAUCGGGAUCCCCAAGACAAACAUCUCCUUCAAGAUCGGGAUCUCCAAGAAAAAAAUCUCCUUCAAGAUCGAGAUCUCCACUGCUAUCUCCGCAAAAAGUGGCAUCUCCGAAACCGCGCUCUCCGCUAAAAACGGUUCCUUCGAAACUGCCAUCUCCGCCGGGGUCUCCGCCGAAAGUGGUAACUCCACCGAAAGCGGUAACUCCGCCGAAAGCGCCAACUCCGCCGGGAUCUCCGAGGCUGGAUUUACCGCCGGGAUCUCCAAUUCAAUCUCCGGAGAGACGUCGGAGAUCUCCACGGGGAUCUCCGCCGGGAACUCGUGCUCCGCUGGCAUCUCCCAAAAGAGAUCCGACUCGGGCGGCAUCUCCCAAAAGAGACCCGACUCAGGCAGUUGAUCCGAACGUUCUAUCGGCUGCCAUCACGAAGGCAUCUUCGCCGGGCGCAUCCGGGAGGCACGAGGAUACCGGAAAGGCCAAAGAUCCGUACCAGCGCUUGUAUGAAGAGACGCAGCAGGAACUCAUAGAUCUGUACAAGAGAGAUCCUCCUCCGAACAGAGAUGACUUCAAACAAUUGCUGGCUAGAGCGCACGCUGCCAAAUACGAGUACGAAAGGAGGAAGACAGCAAAAGAUUACUUACAGGAGGAAAUUGUAUUCAUGGAGAAGUACACCUUAGUAGAGAAGCCCACUUCGCCUCUAGAGGAGAAGGAUGAUAAGAUGGCCUCCUGGCCGAACCUAAUAUGCAUCCAAAAAUGCUCCUCCACUUGGGGUUACCUCUUCGUUCCGAGCAGGGACGGGACUCCUCUCACCUCCCUCGAUUUCUUCGCCUGCGGGCAGCUCCACGCCAUCACCUACGGCCAGGUCAGCGAUUCCCCGAAGGGCAAACCCAAGGCCCAGCCGGACGGCAGCUGGAGGUUCGACUGCGAUUGCGUGACCAACGAGGAUUUCCUCCAAUACUUGAAAGAAAUCCAAAUCAGACAUGAUUGGUUCACUUGGUACAAGAGUAACGACCCGCAGAAAGCCAUGCCGUGGCUCCAGGCCGAGAUCAAGGAGAAGAAAUUGGAGGUCGGGCUCAUGACCCAGAGCCGCUUCAUAGAGUGGAUCAAGCGGCUCCUGUUGAAAUACAAGGUCAAGACCAAGGAGCAGCUCUACAGGGAGUACCGCGAGAACCCCGACGCCCCGGGCGUCGCCGGCGAGAAGUACUCGGACGCGGAUUCGGACUACUGGGAGGAUAAUUUGACCUGGAUACCGGAAGAAUCGCUGUAUGCUGAGGACUAUAAGAUGGCGGAGGGCGAGAUACGAUGAUGUCUGGACCUGCAGACUGAUCGUUGAAAUUGACGGACAAAACUUCAGGCAAAAAAGACAUGAAGGAUAUGGAGGGAUUCA